UAUUAAUGGACCAACCGUCGUUUCUAACGCGUGUUUUCAUUUGUCAAUUUGAAUGCGAAGCUAGAUUGAAAAUAUCUCUUCGUAAUUACUGUCGGAGGCAAUUAAAACUAUUACGAUGAUAGAAAUUAUGCAUUCGUGCGUUGUAAUAUUGUUAGAAGAAUAAAUUGUUUAGAGUGUGAGAGCUACGAUUUAUUCAAUUUAAGUAUAAAUUCUUAAAAAUUUGACAAAUCCGUCAGCAACAGCCAUAAGAAUUAUUGACCAAUCAGCGCGCUGCUUCCUGAAAACAAAAAUUAGCGCGAAUUCGAAGAAGUCGUGAGAACUUGUUGUGGAAAGAUCUUCACCAACAAGUUGCCAAAAAAACGCAUAGAAAUAUCUAUCUUCCUCUUCAUUUAUUUUGAUUAACUACUGUUACUUAAAUGGCAUUUUCAAGUCCCAGACCGACACCGAAGUUUUUCACAGAAACUGCAACAUUUAGUACAAAGAAAGCUAGGGGCACACCUCGUGAUUCAUUGCCACCAAAACCUCCUGUGAAGAGUGCACCUCCAUUCAGCCGAAUAUUUGCCCUUCGUUUGCAACAGAAAGCAUUACCUGUAUCAUUCCAUAAAACAAACAACACUUUACUGAAUCCAAACUAUGAUGAACAUAACAAGGAACCUUACUUCAAUCAGUGCUUUGAGGUGGUCUCAAAGAUUGGAGCUGGUUCAUUUGGAGAGGUGUACAAAGUUCGGAGCAAAGCAGAUGGUCAAUACUAUGCUGUUAAAAAGUCUAGAGAAGCAUUUCGUGGAGAAUCAGAUCGGAAAAGAAAACUUGAAGAAGUGGCCAAACAUGAGAAGUUACGCCACCAUCCAAACUGUGUGAAGUUUUGUCAAGCCUGGGAAGAAAUGGGCAGGCUGUACAUGCAGAUUGAACUAUGCAAAACAAGCCUCUAUGAUUUUGCUGAGAAAAAUCACAAUAUUUCUGAAACAUUGAUAUGGAAAUUCCUUGUAGAUUUAUUAAUGGCUUUGAAGCAUCUUCAUGUUCAUAACUUGGUCCACAUGGAUAUAAAAUCAGAGAACAUUUUCCUAUCGUUUGAUGACAUCUGUAAACUUGGUGAUUUUGGUCUUGUCCUAGAUGUUAGCAAGGGUUAUGACAUAUCUGAUGCUCAAGAAGGUGACCCUCAAUAUUUAGCACCUGAGUUGCUUGAAGGAAAGUUUGGUAAGCCUGCAGAUAUAUUUAGUCUUGGCAUGACCAUUCUAGAACUAUCUAGUGAUCUAGAUCUACCCAGAGGUGGUGAGGGUUGGCACAUGCUGAGACAUGGUCAAAUUCCUGAAGAAUUUCUUCAAGGUCGGUCAUUUGAUCUGAAGUAUGUGAUUCGACAAAUGCUGGAUCCUGACCCAACCAGUCGACCAAUAGUUGAACAACUUUUAGCUUUCCCUUGUGUCAGAAAAGUUUACAAGAAACGGAUCAGAGAAUAUAUGAUAAGUAAUAUUGUAUCCAAUGCUGUACAUAUAAUGAAUUCCGUUAUGGCUUUUCUCUUCAUGUUGCUCACCUUAAUAUUUACUUAUCCAUUCUCAAAACUGCUUUACAAGGUGGCUUGCCCAGUGACAUCACCUAUGAAUGCCACUAACCCAGAACUCAACCUUGUAGACUAUACUGUGUCAGAUGAUGAAACCUUUGAUGUUGAUGUUUCAAGUGAUUCUUAUGGAGUCCCACUGGAUAACUCUAAUUCUGCAGAAAGCUGUUUUGAAGGUGAUACUAGUGGUUGUGGUGCUUUUGAUGAACCCGUCGACAACCGGUGUUUUGGGCGGAACCAUAAGCAAAAAGCAUACACAACUCCAAUACUUCACCGAAAGAGGAUGUUGUUUCACAAUUCCUCAAAGUCAGCAUCUCCAGGUUUCCCACGGAAGUUGGAUCUUGUGUCUUCCUCUUCACCAAAACCUGUUAAUACUGUAAUGGAGGGUGACGGCAAGGAAAACCGACCAGCCAUACCAGUUCUGCUGCUUGAUGAAGUACGGCCAAUUGAGCCAAGAAACUUACUGGGGAUGUUUGAUGCUGCCUGUGAAGAAGAACUCUAAUAUAUAUAUAUAUACACACACUCAAACUCACACAUUUUUUUUCCUCAUGAAAGACUUUAUUCCAUCUCAAUCUGCCACUCUUCAUCAUUAUUUCUCUCGAGUCUUCCAUAUAUAUCAAAUCACCUUUUCAGAUUUCUCUCAUCCCUCCUACUGUACAAUAAUCUACCAACUUACAAAUCUGUGUAAAUAAAGCAAGAGAUAAGAAAAAAAAGGUUAUAUUUU